GUCCGUACAGGGUUCUCAGCAAGGACCUGACAUGAUCCGACUUGUGUGUCAGAGGCACUGCUGUGCUGUGUGGACGCUGGUGGGGUGGAGCGCAGACCUGCGGACACUCACGGGGAGGCCAUGUGACCGUCCAGGUGGGGCCAGGCCGGCAGAGUGGGAGCGAAAAACAGCAGUCAGACUUGGGAAAUACUCAUCAAUUGAGAAAAGGGAAACCAACACAUUCCAUGUCACGCCCUACAUCACUCCUGCUAGGACUCAUAAAUCAUGUCUUUGCCUUGGCCACUUCAACUCAUGUGUGACCCUUUCUUUGACUCAUGAUUUAUUCAUGUAUAAGCUGAUCUCCUGGUGUUUGCUUUUCAUAGGAUGCUUACAUCCUCUCCUCUCUCUGCCUGUCCCUGACUCCAGAGAAGAGACCCUGCAGCUCUCAGCACCUGAUGGAGAUGCAAGAUCAGCCUUGGAUGAACUGGAAAGAGUGUCCCUCCUGCAAAUGCUGCUGGAGAUGUCAGAGGCAGAGAGGGGUGAUGGUCUUAGGGAAGCAGAUCUCAGUACUGACAUUGCUAACCCUAGAGGAAGUCUGAGAAAGUUUCAGGCUUUCUCUGGACAAGAUCUUAACAUUUUCCUGAGUCAUCUUUUGGCCAGAAAUAGGAAACAAGAUAAGAAGCGUGGGUCUCCCUCUGAAUGCUUCUGGAAAUACUGUGUCUGA